AUGCCCAAGAGAAAGACAACAGCAGAGGACGCACCGGUCAAGGACCACAAGAUGCGCGACGAUGACGAGUCGAGCAGCGAUGAUGAGGACAUGAUCGAUGUCGACUUUGAAUGGUUCGACCCGCAACCCGCUGUCGACUUCCACGGCCUCAAAACUCUCCUCCGCCAACUCCUCGAUGUCGACAACGAACUCUUCAAUCUGUCUGCCCUCGCCGACCUGAUCCUUUCGCAACCCAUGCUCGGCAGCACCGUCAAGACCGACGGCAACGAAAGCGAUCCCUUCGCCUUCCUCACAGUCCUGAACAUGCGCCAACACAAAGACAACCCCGUUAUCGCCGACCUCGCCAACUAUCUCUCACGAAAGGCCGCUACCAUCCCUUCUCUGUCCACACUACCCUCCCUACUCGCCGCAGACUCAAAAGCAGAAGUCGGCCUCAUCCUCACCGAACGCUUCAUCAACAUGCCCUCCGAAAUCGUCACACCCAUGUACACCAUGCUGCAAGAAGAAAUCCAAUGGGCAAUCGACGAAAAAGAACCCUACAACUUCUCCCACUACCUCAUUCUCUCAAAAACCUACACAGAGGUGGAAUCAAAACUUGACGCUCAAGAGUCACGUCCUCAGAAAAAGGGAAAGCAGCAGAAGCAGGACGCUAUGACUUUCUACUUCCACCCGGAGGACGAGGCGUUGCAUAGAUUUGGAGUGGGUCAUGGUAACUUUGAUCAUGACAAGGUGGGCGAGGAGGGGGCGAGUGAUGCGAAGAGAGCUUUCCAGGAGGCGGGUAUUAGGCCGCAGGGACAUUUGAUUCUGGUCGAGGCGAGCAGAUUCAAUGAUGCUAUCAAGGGUGUUGGAGAGUACCUGUCGGGCAACUGA